UUCUCUCUCUCUCUCUCUCUCUCUCUCUCUCUCUCUCUCUCUCUCACUCUGUGUGUGUGUGUGUGUGUGUGUGUGUGUGUGUGUGUGUGUGUGUGUUUUAAACAUUCUCAUGUAGUCCUGGCUGACUUCAAAAUCCAGUACACAGUGGAGGACGGCUUUGAACUCUGGGUUCACGUGUACACACUGGGGUCACAGGCCUGCGCCACUGUACCCAGCUACUUUCAGACUCCAUAGACUCCAUCCCAAACGUACAUGGACAAGUUGGAAAGAAUUUGUUUCUUGUUUUGAGCAGAAAGUUUGUCUUGUUUAUGUUUGCAGUGUUGGACUGAGGCCCAGGGCCGAUGGGCUUUUGAGGCCGGGUUCACAGAACUCAGGGACAGCUGACUAGGUCUGCUGCACUUUCCUGCAGUCCCAGCACCUGCAGGGCAGAGGCAGGAGGAUCAGGGGUUAGAGGUCACAUAGUCACAAGCAGCAAGCUUGAGGCAAACGACUCUGUCUCAUGGAAGGAAGGAAGGAAGGAAGGAAGGAAGGAAGGAAGGAAGGAAGGAAGGCAGGCAGGAAGGAAGGCAGGCAGGAAGGAAGGAAGGCAGGCAGGAAGGCAGGCAGGCAAUCAGGGACCAUGGAGGCAGAGAGCUGGGGGUGGCAAGGAUCAGGUUUCUGAGAGAGACGGCCAACCAUGGUUCUUCUGUCCUUUCUGCUCACUUAUCCACUGUUGGUCACCAUUCUGGGUGUGAACAGGGUGGUCUCAUAGCCCCAUAACUUGGGCUUCAUGGCACCUGCCUUCUGGAAGUUAGGUUGGUUCAUUUGUUAAACUCUUGUUAGCCCUGAUUUCCGAAUUCCACAGAUUUGGUGUGUCACAGGAAGUCCCCGGACAGGUGUUUCCUGCUAGGCUCUGGGUCACAUUUGGAGCCCUGGCGUGUUUGUCAGGCUUCUCUAGAUGAACAGAGCUCAUAGAAUGAUUCUCUUUCUAUACAGAAAGGGGGUUUAUUAGAAUGGCUUAAAGGCCACUGUCCAACCAGUCCAACGAUGGCUGUUUACCAAUGGCAGGUUCAGGAAUCCAGUAGUUGCUCAGUCCACAAAACUUGAUGUCUUAGCUGGUCUUCAGGAAUGCACUGGAGUCCUAAGGAAGUAGGCUCUAAUGUCAGUGAAGGAGUGGACUUGCUAGGGGGAGUGAGAACAAGCAGGCCAGGAGAGCAAGCCUCUUCCUUCCAAGUCCUUUCUGUGGGCUACCAGCAGAAGGUGUGGUCCAGGUUAAAGGUGGAUCUUCUCACCUCAAAAGCAGUCUGGAUUAAAAAGUGGGUUUUCCCACUUUAUAUGAUUUAAUUUAGAAAAAAGUCCCUCACAGAUGUACGCAGCCACUUGGGUUUUGGUUAAUUCCUAACGCAGUCAGUUCACAGCCAAGGGCUCACAGCUACAUGGUAUGGCUGAGGUUCGAGUAGAGCAGCCUGGCUGGGUGUGUUGUUGGGUGGCUUCCCCUGGUAGGGUUACAACCUGGACUGACCCAGAGACAUAUUAAUAAGCCACAGAAGCAAUUUAAAAGCUCCCUAGUUGCUCCGUAAAAAUUACAAAAGACAUAGGGGAAAUUAGUGGUAAUGUAUUUUGUUUAACUCAGACUAUCCCCAGUAGAAUAAAUUCAACAGGGAUUCGGUGUAACAAAAUAAUUAACUUGGGAGCUGGUAGUGUGGCUCAGAGGAGGAAUGCUCACUGACAAGCCCAAGGCCUUGAGGUCAAUCUGCAGGACUUGGGGGAGGGGUCUGCAGGAAUAGGGGUGGGCACACGGGAUGCUGUUGAGGAUGGAAGCUGAGGACACACACACACACACACACACACUCACACACACACACACUCUCUCACACACACACUCACACACACACACACUCUCACACACACUCUCACACGCACACAUACACAUACGUGCACGCGCACACACACUCACACACUCACACACGCACACACACUCACACACUCACACUCACACACACUCACACACACAUACACACACGUGCACGCGCACACACACACUCACACUCUCACACACACUCACACACACACACUCACACAUGCACACACGUGCACGCGCACACACACUCACACACACUCACACACUCACACACACUCACACACUCACACAUGCACACACGUGCACGCGCACACACACUCACACGCACACACACUCACACACUCACACACACUCACACAUACACACACGCACACACACACACACUCACACACACACACACACUCACACACACACACCACCUCCACCCCGCAUGGUUCAGGGAAGCAGUCUUCAGCACUGUAACCCCAGCAUCUACAGGUGUUUGUGUGCUAAGUCUUCAAAAUGGCGCAGGACUUUCACUUAGCGCACACUCCCUUCGUGACCCACUGUACUUCCGAACUCAGCUGGAGUCAAGAACCCAAUCACAUGCGUGUGUAUGAGGCUCUGGCCUCUGGCUUCGUGUCAGGGUGUGGGGUGGAAAAGACUAAACCUUGCUUUAAAGACUUUCCAUUUUCACUGACUGGGUAGCUGGCAAACAACCGGAGAGCACCAGGCUGUAGACCCCGGGGUGGGAGCAAGCGGUAAGAAAGCAUCCCUGGCAAAGUUCUGAUCAGGGGGAACGGGGUGGGAGCAAGCGGUAAGAAAGCAACCCUGGCAAAGUUCUGAUCAGGGGGAACGGAGAUGUGGGGCUAGGGGUGUGGGUCUGGGGGUGUGGUCAAAAGAUGCAUUAGCCAGGCUUGCUUCUGUAACCCUAACAUUUAGAAGGUAGAGGCCAGGGGUUGGGGAUUUAGCUCAGCGGUAGAGCGCUUGCCUAGCGAGCGCAAGGCCCUGGGUUCGGUCCCCAGCUCCAAAAAAAAAAAAAAAAAAAAAAAAAGAAGGUAGAGGCCAAAGGAUCCAGAGUUCAAAGGUUCCCUCAGUUACAUGGUGAGUUUGAGGCCAGCCUGGGCUACACGAGACUCUGUAUACAAAAACAAAAUGUACAAGAGAUAUUGAAACAGGAGGAUCACUGUGAGUUCAAAAGAACUGGACUAUGUCCCUGUCGGAAAUAAAUAGAUAAACAUUUCAAAGGUUAGGCAUUUGACCAGCUCAUGGAAAUACGACUGGAGGCUCAAAAGAACCUAGCUGUCCCUCCCUAGGAACCAUUAGUGUUCUAUCUGUGGUAAGAAUGUUAGCAUGGUACCUCAGGCCGAUACUCCUAACACUUGGGAGGCUGCCUAUGGGUUUUGACUUUGUGCCCAUUUUGUAAUCUCAGAACUUGGGAGGUGAAGGCAGAUCAUGUGUUCAAGGCCGUCCUGGCUUCUGUCUCAACAAAAACAGAGACACCUAUUCUGUCAGGCAGGGAGCCCCAAAUACAAUCCCUGCUCCUAUUUAGAAGUUGGAUGCAGGAAGCUAACGAGACCCACAAGAUUGUAGGGAACGGUCAAGGCUAGCCCAGCAACUAACUGAGACCCUGUCUCAAAGCAUCUAGAAAGGGCCAGGGAGGCAUGUAGGUGGUAGGUCACUUUUCUAGUAAACCCUGGUUUCAAUCCCUACACGCAUCCCAAUAAAAAAAAUCAAAACAAGUCAAUAGCAAUUCAAUAUAUUAUCAGCUGACUAACAUUGAACUAACCUUAUCUCCCAUUUAUGCCAUGUGUCACACAGAAACACACUAAGCGCCACUACAGCAUGGCAUUGUCUUAAAAAUCUAACAGUAAACCAGAACACGGGCACUCUUUCCUCUCUGUCUGAGAUGCUAGAAUCACAGGGGUGUGUCACCACAUCCUGGAUACAUUACUAUCUAAAAAUAAAAGAACAAAACAAAAUGAAGGCAACUUUUUUUUUUUUUGAGAUAGGUUCUUUCACUAUGUAGUUUUGGACAUCUGGGAACUCGCUCUGUAGACCAGGCUGGCCCCAUCACAAAGGGAUCUGCCUACUUCCACCUCCCCAGUCCUGAAAUGAAAGGUAGACACCACCAUGCCUGACCCUUUAAAAAUACUAUUUUAUUAUUUUUAUGUGGAUAGCUUGAGAGAGUGUGCAUGUGCAUGCAUGCGUAUGUGCGUGCAUGCGUGCAUGUGUGUGUGUGUCUGUGUGUCUGUGUGUUUAAGUGCAGAGUCCAUUCUCAUAUCGUGUGAGCAGUUUUGGGGUUGGGACUUGGGUCACCUGACUUGGCAGCCCCUUCAGCUGCUCAGCUAUCUCGUUUGCUGUCCCCUCUUUUUUCAAAUAUUAAAACAGAUUAGACAAAUUUCUGAAUCUAAUUAGGGCCAAGAUUUGCAGUAUUCCACGUUUUAUGUGUAAGUAUAUAUACAUUUAUGUACAAAAAAACCUUUAUAAAAAUUGGUUGUACUGGCUGGUUUUGUGUGUCAGCUUGAGGAAAGUUGGAGUAGUCACAGAGAAAGGAGCCUCCCUUGAGGAAACGCCUCCAUGAGACCCAGCUGUAAGGCAUUUUCUCAAUGAGCGAUCAAGCAGGGAGGGCCCAGCCCAUUGUGGGUUUGUCAUCCCUGGGCUGGUGGUCCUGGGUUCUAUAAGAGCAGGCUGAGGGAGCCCGGGGAAGCAAGCCAGUAAGCAACAUCCCUCUGCACCAGCGCCUGCUUCCUGACCUGCUUGAGUUCCAGCCCUGACUUCCUUUGGUGAUGAACAGCAGUGUGGAAGUGAUGCACGCCAGAAAUUCCGGUCUGUCCUGGUUGAGGCGACGGUGAAACUUGACGAGCUGGCGAAGAAAAUCGGCAAGGCUGUAGAGGACUCGAAGCCCUACUGGGAGGCCCGCAGGGUGGCAAGGCAGGCUCAGCUAGAAGCGCAGAAAGCCACACAGGACUUCCAGAGGGCCACUGAGGUGCUCCGUGCAGCCAAGGAGACAAUCUCCCUGGCCGAGCAGCGGCUGCUGGAGGAUGACAAGCGCCAGUUUGACUCUGCUUGGCAGGAAAUGCUGAAUCACGCUACUCAGAGGGUCAUGGAGGCUGAGCAGACCAAGACACGGAGCGAGCUGGUGCACAAGGAGACAGCGGCCAGGUACAAUGCCGCCAUGGGCCGCAUGCGGCAGCUGGAGAAGAAACUCAAGCGAGCCAUCAACAAGUCCAAGCCUUAUUUUGAGCUAAAGGCCAAGUACUACGUGCAGCUCGAGCAACUGAAGAAGACAGUGGAUGACCUUCAGGCCAAGCUGGCCCUGGCGAAAGGCGAGUAUAAGGCAGCCCUGAAGAGCCUGGAGAGGAUCUCGGAUGAGAUACACGAGCGGCGGCGCUCCAAUGCCAUGGGGCCUCGGGGCUGUGGCGUGGGGGCAGAGGGCAGCAUCACCUCAGUGGAGAACCUGCCUGCAAGCAAGCCUGAGCCUGAUGCCAUUUCCGUGGCUUCAGAAGCCUUUGAAGAUGACAACUGCGGCAACUUGGUGUCUGAAGAUGACUCAGAAACCCAGUCUGUGUCCAGCUUUAGUUCAGGACCAACAAGUCCAUCUGAAAUGCCUGACCAGUUCCCUGCAGUGGCAAGGCCCGGCAGCCUGGAUCUGCCCAGCCCUGUGUCCCUGUCAGAAUUUGGGAUGAUGUUCCCAAUACUGGGUCCUCGAAGUGAAUGCAGCGGGGCCUCCUCCCCUGAAUGUGAGGUGGAACGAGGAGACAGAGCAGAAGGGGCCGAGAAUAAAAUGAGUGACAAAGCCAACAACAACCGCGUUCUCAGCAGCACCAGCGCUGGCGGUGGCAGGAGCAGGAGCCAAAGCAGCACAUCCCUCGAGGGUCAGGCCUUGGAAACCCGUAUGAAGCAGCUCUCCCUACAGUGCUCAAAAGGAAGAGAAGGAAUAAUUGCUGACAUAAAAACGGUGCAGAUUGGCUGAUCCACCCGGGGCUGUGGCCCAUGUGCAGCUCGUAUUUAUACACGAAAUCCAAGAACAUUGUGCCAAUAAUCAUUUAACAUAAGCCAAAUAGUACGCACUUACUCUAGACCACACUAACAAGUUUCAGUGACCUUGAGGGCCAAGCAAUGUCCCCCUGGUAAGAGCUCUUGGGCUGGUGCGUUUUUCAGAGCAGAGCCACUGCAGGUAAACUGUGCCCAGGGCCACGGCCUUGGCAGAGCCUUCCCUGUGGAAGCAAUAACUAGUUUCUGUGAGAGAACCUGAGCCGGGAGAGCCGGGCACGUAGCCAGACUGGGUCACAGCCUGCAUCUCUAUCCCUGUGUCUCCUCCACCUGGGGAAACUGAGAUGAUUUUGACAUCACAUCACAGGGCACCAAAAUAAUUUAAAAACUUACAUAAACAAAAACUCAAGUGUUCCGAACACAUUGUAACAACAAUGCCAGGGACACAGUUCACUAUCAUCGCCUCUGGUGCUCAGAGGGGUUAAGGAGCAUGUCUUCUGGGAAACCGUUGAACCAUUUCCUAGGGAAGCCACCAUGAACUUGCACUUUUUGGGGUGGGAACAGUGAAUGCCAAUGUGGGGAUGGGGAAUGAAGUAGCGGGGACGUAGAUAGCAUAGACAGGAUCUGCGGCUGGGGACGGUUUUAUAGCCUGCCCGCCAAGGGGCUUUAUUCUAAGAGACGUGCAUGUGAGGAAUGAUUACCACGGCUCUAUCUAGAUUGACAAGGAGUUCAUUUCUCUGUAGACUGUAAUUUCUACAAUAACAGAUUAUUUAAGGUUUAUGCUGCACCUAGAAUUCCUUAGAGGAAACUGUCCUUGAAGCUAGGAAAGGGAGUGGGCAUGGUUGGUAAAUAGAAGCAAUGGAUCUGUUAUGCUAAUAGUAGUGUCUAGACUUAGUGUUUCUGGUUAUGCAUAUUUAGAGCACUGUAUUUUAUGUGUCUUGUUUUAUUAAUCUACCAUUUCUGGAAAAAAAAAAAAAACCAACCCGUUUCAAACUGCCUGUUAAUGUUAGCCAUGUAUGUAUACCUCUCUCUUCAUACACGAGUGUUUCUCUUUUUUAUUGAUGGACACAGUAUCCUUAUUACAAGGUUAUUUUGUACUUGUUUUAUUACCUGGAGUGUAAUAAAAACUAAGAAGACUUUGUGACUUCCGAUGAGAAA